CCGUUGCAUGAUGGAAGAGAACGGCUUCGAAACGGCGACGGAAUUUUGGGGCUUUUCUCAAGUGUCUUUUACUAAGGACAACACUUAUCAAGAGACACCGGCUGCUGUCCAUUGGAAUUCUUUAGAAACGGCGGUAAAUGGAGGAGAAGAGCAAAGUACUGAUCAUCGGAUCAACUGGCAAUUUGGGUUACCAUCUGGCCAACUUCAGCCUCAAAUUCUCUCACCCGACAUUCAUUCUCGUUAGAGAAUCGGCUCUUGAUGACCCAAUCAAAGCUCAAAAGCUUCAGUUUCUCACCAAUGGUGGCGCCACCGUGAUAAAGGGUUCAUUGCAGGAUGAGAAUGUUCUGGUGGAGGCAGUGAAGCUUGUUGACAUAGUGAUAUGCUCGAUUCCAUCAAGUCAGGCUGAUGAACAGAAGCUCCUUAUCAAAGCCAUCAAACGAGCAGGCAGCUGCAUCAAGAGGUUUAUACCGUCAGAAUUUGGGGCAGAUCCAGAUAGAACUCAGAUUUCUGGAAUGGACUAUGGCUUCUAUUCGAGAAAAGCUGAGAUUAGGCGUUUGAUAGAAGCUGAAGCGAUUCCUUACACAUACGUUUGCAACAACCUCCUAAUGAGCUGCUUGCUUCCAUCCCUUGUCCAACCAGGCCUCAAAUCCCCACCCAAAGACAAAGUGACAAUAUUUGGAAAUGGGGAUGUCAAAGGUGUGUUUGUGAAGGAAGAAGAUGUUGCUGCCUUUACAAUGAGAACUGUGGACGAUCCAUCCACAUUGAACAAGGUACUGUACUUGAGGCCUCCUGGAAACAUGGUUUCCAUGAAUGAAUUGGUUGGGAUGUGGGAGAGUUUGACGGGGACGAAUGUGGAGAAGCGUUAUGUCUCGGAAGAACAGAUGUUGAAGCAAAUCAAAGAGACUCCAUAUCCGGGGAACAUGCAGCUGAUAUUCAUAUAUUCGGUGUUUGUGAAAGGAGAUCACACCUACUUCGAGAUCGACCCUUCAUCUGGUUUCGAAGGCUCGCAAUUGUACCCGGAAGUGAGAUAUACUACCGUCGAGGAAUGCCUCUCUACCCUGCUGUAACCAGCUUUCUAGGUUUUGUGUUCCUUGUUGAUAAAGUUACUUCUCCAAUCUUAGAACUGUACCAUUGAAAAUGAGCUUGCAGGUAUAUGCUUGUGUUUCAGUUUGUUCAUUUUCUUAGGCCUUAUCUUCAGUUAGUGGAAACUCGCGAAAGUCACCGUCGGAUUCUCAGGCCUGAAAAGUCUGGAGUCAGGACAAAGAGAAGAAGGUUGAAUGUCAACAUUUCAACCGAAAGGAAUCCACUAAAAUAAAGCAGUUAUCGUUGAACCCAUGAACAUGAAGGGCUUGCCUAGUUGGAUUGUAAAAUAGGAAUAGAAGCUUCUGUGUGGA